AUGCCUGCGACACUUAGGCAGACGCUGUUGCUGGCCCUGUGGGCCGGCAGCCUGGUUUCCAGCUCCUGGGGAGCUGACCUACCUACUACCGAUGUAGUAGCCUCUCACGCUAGUAUCACUCCUGCUCCGGUAGCAGGAGCUUGGCUGGCUGAGUCGGAUCCUGCCGGUAUUGAGCAUGAGGUGGAUGAAGACGAGCACCCUCGGCUGGUGGCUAGAAAGAAGAAAAAGAAGACAAGCAAGAAGUCCAGCAAGACAAGCAAGAAGUCGAGUAAGACGAGCACGAAGUCCAAGACGAAGACUUCCACCUCGACCAAGGACACAGCUACUCACACGACGAGCACAAAAUCCAAGACUUCUACUUCGACCUCGACCAAGGAUACGUCUACUCACACAACAAGCACCAAGACUCCCGAGUCGCACAGUACCUCAACCUCAACCAAGGAUACUUCUACUUCCACGAGUACCAAGACACCUGAGGAUCAGAGUACCUCGACUUCGACGAAGGCCACUCCUACGCAUACGACCAGCACCAAGACACCCGAGAGCCACAGUACAUCAACGUCGACCAAGGCCACACCUACUCACACUACGAGCACCAAGACACCCGAGGGCCACAGCACCUCGAGUAGUGCGGCUCAUGAGACCUCUGCAUCGGGAGGCCAGUUUGUGCAAACCCCAACUCCAGGGACAUCAACACGGACAGUCUCGGAGGGGUCUGCUGCAGGCACUUCUACUCACAGUCACACCACAAGCCCCGGGUCGUCUGCUAGCGGCAGCCACACGCAUACGACGAGCACUGAAUCUCAUCAAUUGUCCUCCAGCGCUGCACACCACCAUACAAGCACAGGGUCUGAGCACCCGACCUCCACUCCUGAAUCUCACUCUGCAUCGCACUCUGCAUCGCACUCUGCGUCGCACUCUGCGUCGCACUCUGCGUCCCACACUGCAUCCCACACCAUAACCUCGGGAUCUGCGCACAUAACCAGUAGCAGUGCCGUUGAGACUUCAUCUCAUACUGUGUCAUCAUCUAAGCCAAUCAUUUCUUCGGGCGUUGCAACUUCCACAAGUGCUACUCCGGUUAGCUCUGAAGCUGCCCAGCCGACUGAUGAUGCCUCGGGUGAUGAUGGGGAUGAUGGAGAGGAAACUGGCGAUGACUCUGGGGAAGAUACCGGCGACGAUUCUGGUGAUGACACUGGCGAUGACGGAGAGGAUACUGGUGACGAGUCGGGCGAUGACUCUGGGGAUGAUACCGGUGAUGACACCGGCGACGACACCGGCGACGAUACUGGCGAUGACACUGGAGAUGAUACUGGAGAUGACACUGGUGAUGAGUCUGGCGAUGACUCUGGGGAUGAUACCGGUGAUGACUCCGGCGGCGACACCGGCGAUGACACUGGAGAUGAUACUGGCGAUGAUACUGGUGAUGAUACUGGAGAUGAUACUGGUGAUGAUACUGGAGAUGAUACUGGAGAUGACACUGGAGAUGACACUGGAGAUGACACUGGAGAUGACACUGGAGAUGACACUGGAGAUGACACUGGAGAUGAUACUGGAGAUGACACUGGUGAUGACGCUGGAGAUGACACUGGCGACGAUUCUGGUGACAAUUCCGGUGAAGGUUCCGGCGAAGAUACCGGAGAUGAUUCUGGUGACUCUGAUGAUGGCUCAGCUACCACUACCUCGCCUGCCACUUCAUCCUCCGCGUCUCCAGCUGCCAGAUCAAGCGCAGCUGUCUCGGAACUGUGCAGCCCCCAAUGCACUGAAUGCCUGUCAACUGACACAACCGAUACCUCAGGCACGUCAUUCAGACGGUCCGGUCUAUUCAGCAGAGGGCUCGCUCAAAGGGCCUCCAGCUUUCUCGCCUGGAUGUCCACCCAGAUGCAGACCGCACAGCCCCUUGUCAAGAGCACUAGCGGCGUAACUACAUCUACAUCCGUCGUUUUUGGCAGCGGUACAAGCAGCCUUUCCCAGGCUAAUGUUCGCGGAUGCACUGUUCUCUACGUUGUCUCCAAGUACGCUGUGUACGAGGCGCACCUGUGGGAAUCCCCGGGAUUUGUGUCGAGCCAGAACGGCACUGUCGCCUUCAACGAGCAAUCAUUCCAGACCAACAUUAUCAGCUACCUGACGAACGACGUGAACCUCAAGCUGCCACAGCUCACUGGCUCCGCUGCGUACCCCGACCCUGGCACUCAGAUCUACAUUGGCACGCCUGUAGCCGCUACUGGACAAGGCGCAAAGUACGUGUCUCAAAUCUCGCGCAUCGCAUCAACAGUCAACCAAAUUCUUGGGCUGUCUUCUGAGCCGGCUGAGUACUACUACACGCCCACCAGCACGGAUGGUGAAAACAACUGGCUAUUCCAGUACAAUGAGAACGCCUGCAACAAGCCUGAGUGGCAAAUUUGGUAUGGCGGUAUGGCAGAUAAUGCCCUGUGGUCAUCCAGCCAGACGUCUAGCUCCUGCGCCUCUAGUGCGGCGACGCCUUCUCGCACACCAGGAGUUCCUGCCUAUACCCCGUCCACCAUGAUGGUCAUGCCUAAAGCGACUCCUGCUUAUUAG